AACGCUUUUUUCUCCCCACCAUGUCCUUUUCUUCGCACUCUCUAUCCUGAUAUUAUCUCCAGGUUGUCCUCUUAUCUUUCCGUAGCUGCAAGCAGCUUGCCAUGGAUAGCUUGUCCUUGCAUGCCUUCUGUUGCUUGGAAACCAGGCUUGUGUUGUAAUUCGAUACAUACCAUUCGCUCGCUGUAUAGUCUACAUUAUUACUCUAUAUUAAUACUCACUGCUCUAGCGGGCGAUUCAGCAUCAGUGCUCGGAAUAUGACGUCCAAAAUCCCGUUUAGCGACCGCUUACUGGUUCCGUGGGUUUAUGAUACUCUUCUUAUGGUGUUUCGGUUUUGCCUGAACAUCUUCUUCCGUGAAGUGUAUGCGCCUGGAGCAUGGCGCAUACCCAAGAAAGGCCCUGUGAUCAUCGUGGCGGCACCGCACGCCAAUCAAUUCGUUGAUUCGAUUCUGCUCAUGCGGAUCCUGAAGCGUUAUGCUGGGCGAAGGAUAUCGUUUCUCAUUGCUGAGAAAUCAAUGAAGGAACCCUAUAUCGGAACCCUGGCAGGCCAAAUGGGCGCUCUUCCCGUCGUCCGUUCAAUGGACAAAGUCCAAGCUGGAGUGGGUAUCAUUCAUUUACCCAACCCCGAAGGCGACCCGACUUUGGUUCGGGGGAAAGGGACAGAUUUCUCAAAUCCGAUAUUCAUGGAGGGCGGCACUAUUAUCCUGCCGAAAGUCGGCAAUGAGGCUCCCGAGCAACAGACCAUAGCUGAGAUAGUGGGAUCGGAUGAACUUCGUCUGAAGAGGCCAUUCAAGAAUAUUGAUCGAGAUCAUGCCUUGUAUGAAACCAUUCGAACAGGUACUUCGUUCAAAGUAGCACCGCAUAUCGACCAAAGUCAGAUGUUUGACGCCGUCUACCGAGGGUUGGAAUCGGGAGGAUGCAUCGGUAUUUUCCCGGAAGGUGGAAGUCAUGACCGCCCCAGCUUGCUUCCCUUGAAAGCUGGUGCCGCUAUUAUUGCUCUGGGGACUUUGGCGCGCUCUCCGAAUUGUGGUCUCAGCAUUAUUCCAUGUGGAAUGAAUUACUUUCACCCUAAUAAGUUUCGCUCUCGUGCUGUCAUUGAACUUGGUCCUCCAGUUGAGGUUCAUCCCGAUCAGAUUGCCGCAUUCAAACUUGGUGGAAACUCUAAGCGCAACGCUGUGGGGUCCCUGUUGGAGACCAUUCAAGAAGCUCUAGAUUCUGUUACCCAGCAAGCCCCGGAUCGAGAAACACUCAUGCUCAUUCAAACCACCAGAAAACUCUACAAGCCAUUACGAAUGAAGCUUCCACUCCCCGUUACCAUCGAGUUGAACCGACGACUUAUCAAAGGUUAUACUCAGUUCAAGAAUGAACCAAAGGUCAUUCAACUCUCCAAAGACGUGCGAGCAUACAACCGUCAGCUGAAGGCCUUAGGAAUCCAAGAUCAUCAGGCAGAAUGGGGAAAUGUUAAGCGUCGACCGUGGUGGCUAGUUUUCUUGACACUCCUGUACCGUGUUGGAGAGCUCAUCACAUUGGCUAUAGCGACACUGCCGUCGUUGGCUUUAUUUUGGCCUGUGUUUGUCACGGCACGAGUUAUUUCACAUGAAAAACAGCGAAAAGCACUUGCCAGCUCUUCUGUUAAGAUGGAAGCACGGGACGUUGUAGGAAGCUGGAAGAUCCUUGUGGCCAUGGGACUUGCACCUACGUUGUAUACAUGGUACACUGUUGUCGUUACAUCUUGGUUGUAUUAUUGCCGACACGAUGGAUAUUAUGCAACUAUUGUCCCAUGGUGGAUAAAUGCUCGAUCAUACAUCCCGGACUACGUUCCGUUACAUCUGUUUGUUGCAUUCUUCUUCGGACUCAUGAUCUCAGUCAGUUUCGCAGGGCUUCGUAUCGGCGAGAUUGGCAUGGAUGUGCUGAAAUCUCUACCCCCGCUUAUCGUUGCCUUGAAUCCAAGCUCGUCGAGCGCUUUGAUCAAUCUCCGCAACAAACGCCGCGCUGUUGUCUCUCAAGUCAUCAAUGUCAUCAACACUUUCGGCCCGGAAAUCUUCCCGGACUUUGAACAUGAAAAGUUCGUUGACGAGGCUUAUGUUUCCGAUGAUGAAGCUGGCAUCGAUAUCGAUUACGCAACGUAUAAAUCACGAUUGAAGAGUAUGCCUCCCAGCGAACCGCAGACGCCUAACCGAAGCCGCAGUCGAAGCAGUGGCAGACGAUCGUCUGAUGUUGUAUACGGAUUAAGCAGUGGAACAUGGCUGAAGCCCCUCACAUCAGGGCCCUCGAAGGAUGAAUUGGGCGAGAUCAAUCGCCGGAUAGGCAAUUAUUCGACCAAUGGCUCUGCUGAUACUACCAACACUGAGAAGUGAUACACGAACAUAGUAAUGUCUAGUAUUAAUUGCCGAAAUAAGACUUGGUAUAACCAAACGGAUGCGAUGUUUUGACUAAAAUAUUCUUCAUGCUGAGUUACUGCUGAAUAUAUCUAAAACAGACAUAUUAUCACAUGUUAUUCAAAUAUUAUAGAUGACAUUUGGAGGCACUAUAUUUAGUAGUAUUUUCUUUGGGCAAACAAAUAAGAUCUGCACGUCUUGGCUUUGAUGCUUGGCUUUGAUG